GUCACUUUGCCUUCAAACAUUCACCAUCUCCUCAUCUGUGUCUGUUGUUUCCCAGAGUUUCAACCCCGGCUGCAGAAAUUUGUGGACAGUAACCCCCAGAGUUUGAAGUCAGCAGUUUGUUUCCUCGCUCAGAGUCCAGGCGGGUUAAGGUCAGAGUACAGCGGCAAAGUUUUAUCACAGCAAACUGAAGAAACCAUUUCUUUAUGUCCCGUCCGGAGGGUGUACAUCUUAAAACAAGAAAACAACCACCUCCAACUUUUGCUGCAAGCGUCGUAAAGCUGAGUUUUUCCCCACUGAACCUCCACCUAUAGGCCUGUGCUUCUCCGAGCUGUGACAGUUUGGCUGCACACCUCCCUGUAGUGUGCUGUGCUGUCCUGCUUGGCACCGCCAUGUUCUCCUGAGCUGCUCUGUGCAUUGAAGUGUGCGGCGCCCCGCUGAGCCUCGCCUCGCCGGGCCGGGCUGCUCUCUGCUUCACACCCUCCCUCUCUCUCUUGUCCGCCUGACAGUUUUGUUGUACUGAGAGAGAUUGGAGAAUUAGACGGCAUUGUCAGCUCUCUGUGUUCCUAUGACAACAAGAUACAGUUGGCAUCAGGAGGAGUGAGAAGAAACCUCAGGUUGGGGAUCUAAAGGGACCUCCUCUGCUGCUCCUUCGCCUCCAUCCUCUUUUGUCCCCUCCAAAGAGCUUUCUACUCUCUGGGUCCGUCCUUUCUGUCUCAGCCCGUCUCAUCUCCCCGCUGCUGACAGAAACUGUUCACAGAGAGAAGCUUUUUGGCUUUCUCCUUUCACUCUCUGCACAAACACACAAAUACGUGCAGACACAUCAUGCGGCAUGAAGCACUCAGAAGCCGGGCGAACUUCGCGAACACAAGGAGACAGAGGAGACGGAUGAAGUGGGGGUGGACGAGUGACAGAGGGAGAGGAGAAGAGGGAGAUGAGGUAAGGGUCUACCCGGGACAUCAGCCUGGGUGACAGCAGGGACAGAAGACGUGCCAGGAUGACUGACAAUAGAGCCGCGUUUAAUUGAGAGCUGCGGGAUUUUUGUGUGGAUCUAUAUUUUCAUACGUAUGUGAGAAUGUUUCAAAGAAAGAGCAGAGAGAGCGGCGAGUGCAUGAGCAGCUCGACUGAAUGACUGUUCAGGGUUUCUCCAAGAAGGAUGGAGAUGAGCCACUGACUUCCCGGGCUCGGCGCCAGGACUGAAGCGACCGACUCAGAUGUACAACAGAGGGGAUUAGCACCGCCAUCGCCCGCCCGCCACAGAAAUAUAAUGGAUAUAUUUUUGCUUUUUUUCUAGUGCAAAGGUAUGAGGAGGAUUAGGCCAUUGUCUGAAAUCAUUUUGGCAGGAAGCAAUAUUUGGAGAAUAUGACUUUGCAUUGUUUUGGAGACAAAGGUGCAGAGACAGAAAGAAAUACUUUUCACAAUAAUUGCCUUUAUCAGAAAUUGGCAAAUUCAUGUUUUCACAAAGCCUAGAUGCAACUUUUCUAAUCCUCGUUCUCCAGACUAUCAGCGCAGAACUGAAGGCGAGUUUUGAUUAAGUGAAUUAAGGCGAAGCUCAAAUCUGGCAGCGUGUGAAAAAGGAGGUUUCCUGGCAAAUCUAGAAGAACAACAACAACAAAAAUACGACAUGAGUCCUCGCUGCUUCAGAUCCAGAGCAGGCUGAUGGUGGUGGUCGUCUGGAGCAUUUGCAUAUCUCAUGUUGAUUUUAUCCGUCAAAUGAAAGCGCGGGGGUUGUGAUCUCUCAUUUAGUCGAUCCAGCUGCAGACUGUGGGAGCCGGUCCUCACAGGGCCUAAUACAGAUCCUCUGUGCCGGGUCCCUGGAGGAGGCUUUGUCAUCAUCAUCUCCUCAAAUGUGCUCCUUUAUUAAAUGGAAAAACGGCUAAAUAUGCCGCCCAUGCUCAUAAAACCUCGCAGGUGUGUGGAGCUGCGGCGAGACCUCAAAGUCUCUGCGGUUAUUGAACUGUGUGACGCGUCUUUUAGUUUUCAAGUUUUGAGGAAAAACAGCAGAAAUUUAAAAACCCUUUUGAGUAAAUCCAAGUAAAGUUUGAAGUCACCUCAGAUAUCUUAGUUCAAACCGAGAAAUAUCACACCUCACUUAAUUUGAUCUCGAUCCACAUCGAUUUCUAAGUCAUUCAGUCUAAUUGAGAGCUAAUAUUCUAGUGAAAGUUGGACAAAGGCAAAAGAGGCUUGAAUCUUAAAGUUUAGGAAGUUUGGCAUCAGUUUCUAAGUCAUAUGAGCAAAUCUUAAACUUUAAAGGUCGUUAUACACUGGUGAAGUAGCUAAGUGAAUAAUUUGCUAUUUUCAAAAACCUCUUAAAGUCAAUGCAACCUUCCACACCAGCUCCGCAGAGAAAAAAAGCGACUAAGUGUUCUGCCCCAGAAGCAAAUUUUGCGAACAUAGCAGGUGAACUGCUAUAUAGCUAUAAAAAUCUACAUGUGGCAAGUCAUUGUUCUGGAUCCAUCGUCUCUCUGUAAUUUGUCCUUUUCUUGUGCAAACGUGGAGUCAGCUGAUGGAGCAGUUCUUGAAAUUUCAAAACAAAAACAAAAAGUCUAAAAAAAACUGGUCUUAACUUUUUCAGAACUACUACAGACAAUUUGAAGCCAAUGAAAUCAGAGAUACAGAGACAAAUCAACUAUCGAGGUCGAGUCAAGGUUUAAAACUCUUUCAAAAGUUAACUGAUUUAUUUUUAAACAAAUCUUUAAACUCUGAAUUAUCAGGAAAAUGUCUGUGCUGAAUCUUAGGUCUAGGUAAAGUUGUUUUAUAUAAAUCCAGGUAAAGUUGUUUUAUAUAAGUCCAGGUUAAGUUGUUUGUCUUUUACAUCAUUUUCUCUCGAUUUCCUGCAGGUUUCUGCGGUGAGUUAUCCACCGGUAAAAUCGCCUCCUUCAGUCGGCAGUUUUUCUCAGAUAAUUUUUGAACAAAUUACACUGAAGACUGAGCGGACUGUUAUGUGAGGCACUUUGACUGGAUUAGAAAGGUGUUAUCUGUGCUGUCUACCAUUUACAUCGACGUCAUCAUGAGCCUUUAUAGCCGACUGUUUAGACAACACAUUGUGAGGAUGAUUUCCUCUCAAAGCUCUUAAAAAGCACAUAUGGAGUCUUUUAUUGAACCUGCGUGACACAGACUUCAAUUAUCUCCUGAUGCACACUGAACAAUAACUGGUUUCAGUUCAUAUUUGACAGAAACAUUAGGCUUUAAAAACGAGGCAUCACAUGACGGUGAUUAUAGAUCAGUCUCUAAGUGUCAUAAAAAUCGAUCGUCCUCAUCUCCUCAUAUCCGCUCCGACAGUAAACACACUGUUCUUCGCCUAACCCUGAAUAAUUCAGCUGGAGUGUUCGAGUGUGAGCAGCUGGGUGCCUGCGACAGAGCUGCAGACAGGCGGGACCUCUGCCUGCCGGGUCAAAGAGCCCGGUAAGGCGUCUGGGUCUGUUUGUGUCAGGUUUUUUGAAGUGGACCUCACAGGAGCUGAUGUAAAUAUUUUAUAGGUAACAGUGACACAAUAGACAGAGCGGUGCUGCAUCCUGUGCAGCGCAGCACUUGUGUUUGUGACUGCUGAGGACUUUUUAAUGGGAUACAAAGCUUAAUUGGUGGGCAGCCCGGAGAGGCUCGUAAAAACAGCUAUAAAAGUAAUAAUGGCUGAGGAGAGGACAAACGAACAAAGACGCUGAAUCAAUAAUGAGAGGACAGAAUAUUCUAAUGCUGCUGCUGCUGCUGCCAGGUGGGAGAGUGUGUAACUCUCAGAGCUACGCUUUUAAGAGGAAAACAGUCUGAGGCGGUCUAUAAACCAGGAGAGGGGUCACUGAUACUGUGUGUGAAUCUGCCUUAUUACAAAAACAACAAAGACACAAACCAUCUGAGAGACAGUUCUACCAACUGUUGAGGGUUAUCGAGCUUCAUCACAGUCACCACAACACAACACUCUCUAAACCCAACGCCGUCUUUUAUCUCUUUAUAGAAGCUAAUGCUAAUCGUCACAGUCCAAUACAAAACACAAUUACAAUAUAAAAAAACAAUUUUAUUCAUUCAUAAACUACUUGACUUAACAGCAGUGGUCCCCAACCUUCAUUGUACCAGGGACCAGUUUCAUGCAAUAGGGGCAUGGAGGUUCUAAUAACAAAAACCUUGAUCAGUACAUAGUAUGUAUGAGAUGCUGCUGCAGCAAAAUGACGUGCCGAAGAGUCAAGUGCGAAAGUGAGGUGAUGGCGGAAGUGGUGGUCUUUCAAAAUAAGAUACUGGGAUAACGGAUGGAAAGAAAAAAAAAAUUUAGUCAUUGUGUUUUUUUUGUUUUUUUUUUGCGGCCCGGUAAUAAUUGAUCCGCGGACUGGUACCGGUCCAGGGCCCGGUGGUUGGGCACCUCUGCUUUACAGAAAAAACUGUAAUUAGACACAAUUAGGACCUUAAAUCGAGAUCUAUUCUUACACAGAUUUUAUAAGUGACCUGUUUGAUAUUUUAAAUGGACUGCUGAGAAAGUGGAAUAGGGCCACAAAAAGGCCAGGAAUGAGAUGUUUCUAAUUUCCAUUUCGAGAUUAAAGUCGAAAUUUAGAAAAGUUGAAAUUUUGACUUCAUUCUUGACUUUAAUCUCAAAAUUUCAACUUUAAUCUCAAAAUUUAAAACUUUUUUAAUCUCAAAAUUUCCACAUUAUUCACAACAAUUCAACAUUUUGUAAUCUCAAAAUUAUAUUAUUCUCAAAAUGUAUUUUUUUUAAUCUAAAAAUUUCUACUUUAAUCUUAAAAUUUCAAUUUUUCAUGUCAAAAUUUUGACUUCACCGACAUAGUUUUGAUUUUUAAUCUCAAAAUCUCUACUUUAAUCUUGAAAUUUAGACUUUAAUCACCUUCCUGCCAUUUUUUUCUUUUUUUCAUGUGGCCCUAAUCUUCUUUCCUGGAGAGAGAAAACAGCAGCAGCUUUCCCUCUGGGGAUGAACUUUGGCUCAAGAAAUCAAACAUACAGGUAAGCAGCACUGUUAUGCUUAAAAAAAGUUUAAGAUCGGCAUCAGUCGAUGUUAGGACAUUAGUGUAGCAUUAUCCAAGACUGUAAUGAGUCGGUCACAGGGUAACGUUUGUUUGUUGACAUGACAACUCAGGGUCAGGGCGGGAGAUACGUGCUUUGCUGACACUUCAGACACCCAAUUGAGAUACUUGUUGAAAAGAUCGGUCAAAGCUACAGGUUAUUAGGGAAGAUUAUGGACCGUGCAUGAAUUGAAAAAAGUCCAGAUCGGACAGCGGCAGAAUAUUUAAUUACCAUUAGCUGUUAUAUCCAUGAUAAAGUGAUAAACGCUCUUUGGCGUUUGACAUCAACACAAAGCAGUUCAGAGUCAUUAGAAGUUUAGAGCUCUGUCGCAUGCUCAGUAAGAAACAAAACAAAGUGUGUCUGGUUGUGUGAUCAAACUCUCACGAACUCGAUUCCUCAGGAACGAGCCGACGAUGUCAGACACCUCCACGAGUGUCUCUCGGAGGUGAAAGACCCAGAUGCAUUGUUAGAAACAGCUCGCUGACAUUUCCACACGUCUCUGAAGCUCGCAGAAAAUUUGGUGUUAAAAGCCAUCAAACUCCCAAUUAUCAAACUCACACCGACAUCUGUGGAAAUGUGGGGGUAGGUGCGGCUGUCACUUAAAUGUGGGAUUACAGUGUUUGCUCAUUAUCACGUAGCGGCGCUGCUGAUGAGACGGAAAACUCCAGUUAAGACUUGUUUUGUUGUUAAUCCCUCAAACCAGCUGUGAUAAUUGGUGUUAUGGACAAAAUUGGCUCUGUCAGCAUUAUCACGUUUAACCAUCAUAUUCAAUAUUCUCAGAUUUCGUCUGUUUCCUGGACUUCUGCACAAACUGCUUUCAAAGCUCUUCCUCUGGUACUGUUGAUAAACUUUCUCUGGUUUUACGUCAUUGUCUCCAAGUUGAAUCAAGUCUCAUCCUGUCAUUUAGAAACUCAGAGCAGAACUUUUCUUUUUUCACAACUUCUAUAUUUACAAUUUCUGCUUUUUUUGCUUCAGUGUGCAGAAUUUAGCAGGUCAGACUUAGUAGGAAAGGAACAGAUGCAGAUAUGGUUUGAAUUUGGUAAAUGGCUGCACAGUUUGCAGCAGUUGCAAGACAAAAAAGAAGAAGAAAAGAAUAGAUGUUUUCGAUGGUGAAAUUUGACAAAUGGAGGACCAUGCCUGUGGAGGGGUGAGCAAGAGAGCCUUUCAGUCUUGAUAUCACCAAAUAUUCCCAUGUCUGAACAUGGGGGGAGCGAAUUCUUGAUCAUACUCCUGCCUGCUCUCACUAUAUUAAAAUGAUUUGUCCUGCUUGCAGCUGCAGGGAUUCAGAAAAUUUACAUGAGCGGCAAACGAGAGCCUGGUGGGAAGAGCAGAUCGAGUGUGUGGCCUGAUCUGUGUCUGUAGUAUCACAACUUUAAAUCAGUUAGUUGCAACUACGUCCAAGUCUACGAGAGGAUUAGGGCCACAGGAAGGGGGAAAAAAGGAGAAGAGGAAGGAGAUUAAAGUCUAAAGUCAAAAUUUCAGGAAUAAACAAAAUUGAAAAUUGUGUCAAUAAAGUUGGAAUUUCGUGAAUAAAAACUGAAAUUUCAAGGUUAAAGUCUAAAGUCGAAUUUUCGAGAUUAAAAUUGAAUUUUAAGAUUACAAAAAAAUCGAAAUUAUGUCGAUGAAUUAUGUUACACCCGAGUUGACAGUGCUCCAGUUAACAAGUCGGAAAACAACACACAACACAGUAUUUUACUCUUACAAACACCAUAGCACCGUGUUCAUAGUUAGACAUCGGGCAGUACGACAUAAACCACUUAUUUAAUUUCACAAAAACAAAACAGAAGUGAUAAAAAUAACACAUUAUAAGAGCUUUUACUGUUACUCUUUACUGUUGAUGCACAUCAAGUCCGGGUUGGCGAGGAGCGUCCUGCUUGCCGAGUCUGAUGUCCGACUUCAGGGGGGCGUUCUAGAUGAAUUUCCGACUUUGAGCUCGGAAAUUCUGGCUUCUGAAUACAACCUGAACGCAGCUUUAGUCUUUGUAAGAGUGACUAAUGUAGUGACGUGGGUCAUGAGUCAGAAUUCAGUCAGAAACAUAGAGGUCUGUAAGUACCUCCUUGACUUGUGCGACUUAGUAAACAUCUUGUACAACCUUCGUCUCAUUGUUCAGGAUUAUACACUCACCGGCCACUUUAUUAGGUACACCAUGCUAGUAACGGGUUGGACCCCUUUUUGCCUUCAGAACUGCCUCAAUUCUUCGUGGCAUAGAUUCAACAAGGUGCUGGAAGCAUUCCUCAGAGAGCUUGGUCCAUAUUGACAUGAUGGCAUCACACAGUUGCCGCAGAUUUGUCGGCUGCACAUCCAUGAUGCGAAUCUCCCGUUCCACCACAUCCCAAAGAUGCUCUAUUGGAUUGAGGUCUGGUGACUGUGGAGGCCAUUUGAGUACAGUGAACUCAUUGUCAUGUUCAAGAAACCAGUCUGAGAUGAUUCCAGCUUUAUGACAUGGCGCAUUAUCCUGCUGAAAGUAGCCAUCAGAAGUUGGGUACAUUGGGGUCAUAAAGGGAUGGACAUGGUCAACAACAAUACUCAGGUAGGCUGUGGCGUUGCAACGAUGCUCAAUUGGUACCAAGGGGCCCAAAGAGUGCCAAGAAAAUAUUCCCCACACCAUGACACCAACACCACCAGCCUGAACCGUUGAUACAAGGCAGGAUGGAUCCAUGCUUUCAUGUUGUUGACACCAAAUUCUGACCCUACCAUCCGAAUGUCGCAGCAGAAAUCGAGACUCAUCAGACGAGGCAACGUUUUCCAAUCUUCUAUUGUCCAAUUUCGAUGAGCUUGUGCAAAUUGUAGCCUCAGUUUCCUGUUCUUAGCUGAAAGGAGUGGCACCCGGUGUGGUCUUCUGCUGCUGUAGCCCAUCUGCCUCAAAGUUCGAUGUACUGUGCGUUCAGAGAUGCUCUUCUGCCUACCUUGGUUGUAACGGGUGGUUAUUUGAGUCACUGUUGCCUUUCUAUCAGCUCGAACCAGUCUGGCCAUUCUCCUCUGACCUCUGGCAUCAACAAGGCAUUUCCGCCCACAGAACUGCCGCUCACUGGAUAUUUUUUCUUUUUCGGACCAUUCUCUGUAAACCCUAGAGAUGGUUGUGUGUGAAAAUCCCAGUAGAUCAGCAGUUCCUGAAAUACUCAGACCAGCCCUUCUGGCACCAACAACCAUGCCACGUUCAAAGUCACUCAAAUCACCUUUCUUCCCCAUACUGAUGCUCGGUUUGAACUGCAGGAGAUUGUCUUGACCAUGUCUACAUGCCUAAAUGCACUAAGUUGCCGCCACGUGAUUGGCUGAUUAGAAAUUAAGUGUUAACGAGCAGUUGGACAGGUGUACCUAAUAAAGUGGCCGGUGAGUGUAUUUACCUCCACAUCCUUGAUGCACAGUUCAUAAAAAAAGAAAAAACCUCAUUACCUCAUUCCUAACAGAUGAUAUUACUGAAAUAAGAAAUGCAUGUAAUUAUAUUUGCAUGGAGUUCAUAUUCAAAUGUCAGCUGUGCAGCAUUAAUUUGCUUAAACUUUCGGUUACUGUAGCAACUGAUGGAGCGUAACAGGCGGCUGUAGGGUGCAUUAGUUUGUCCUUUUAAAAUGUUAAUAGAAGUCAGAAACAACUGCAGCAUUUUUGGGUCUAAUGUCUUAAUAAUGAAAUAAAAGGGGAUAAAAAUAAAGCAGACAUCAUCUAAUUUAGUGAGUGGAAGCUUAAUAGAAAGUGCAGAGUGUCCUUUUUUUUCAUAUGAAUCAAAAUCAAACUCAUUCAACGCCGAGGUCAUCAGCAUCAGCGCCGAAUGGACUGAAACAAUGUCGAGCAUUAAUAUUAAUGAUCUCAGGUCAGCACCCUUGUAACAAUUACACUUCACACAUUAGAGCGCACUUUGCCCGUGUUCCUCCUUUAAACCUAUUUGCAUGCAUAAUGAGGGAUUUGAAUAAGAGGCCAUCAUUUAUUAAUGCUGUCAUUUAUAUUUAUGACCCGUGUACUUUUGUAGAGCAGGCGCACGGUCAGAAAGUUCAGGAUGGGCACUGGCGUUCGGUCCAGGGUUUGACAGGAGAGCUGAGAAGAUCUGACAGACAGGAUGAGACUCUGAUGAGGAAAAUACGCUCACAUGGAUGCAGAGCCCUGGUCUAAAUAUGCAGUAUUCCACUUUCUACCCAGGCGAGAGUUUUAAGGCAAGAGCGGGACAAGAUUUCACUUUCCAAACUCCAGACUCUGGUUUCCAAACAUCUGCAGAAUGUUGCUAAAAGAUGAGGUGAUGCAACACGUCGGUAAACAUGCUCUUUCCCGGGUUUUCUGAAACACGUGACCGGCAUCACAUUUAAAAUGAGUUUAAAUUUUUCAUGAAACUUUUGCAACAUUCACUGUUGUCUUUGCACCGUUUUCUAUCACAUGGAGGCUUUUGGGAGUUGUCUCUGCUGACUGCAUCUUUGAGCCUCUUUGUACUCGCUGCAGGCGGCUGUGACCUGAGUCAGGCCUCUGGUCUAGUUUAUAACAAUAAUAGACUCUAGGAUGCUGGAAUUGGCCAAUCAGAAUCCAGUAUGUUAAACAGCUGCAUGAUAAAGACGUGUAAUUGUAUAAUCCUCCAGGAUGAUGGAUUAGCACCAAUGAAUUUUACCCAGAUUGCAUGUUUCAAAAUGCAAAAUAACAUCUAUAUCUCUGUUUCUGUCAUGAUCUGUCCUAUUUCAGACCAGGAGAAACCACACAGAGCCAAAGUUUGUGUGAUCAUCAUGAUAUGUCAGGGAUGAAGCAUAAAGGGGUAAAAAAAAUCAUGUUUUCACUGAGAGAGCGGCGUGCAACUGAGACAGCUUCCCAGCGUCUAAUGUCAUCAGAUCCUGCGGGCGGUUUAUCUUCUCUGAGCUUGUGGAGGCUAACACAUUCACUGUGAGGAGUCGGACUAGUCCUGAAUCCUGGUUCUGCACCUGGAUUGAAAAUGGGAAGGAUCACUUUUGAAGCCAAAUUAUUGAUUCCUUUACCAGGAUGAAAAGAUAGAAGCAAAUAAAAACUGGAUGCGUAUGAUUCCACUCGUGCAACUUGCAUGAAGGAUGGUCUUUUCAGUGUCUUGUGCAAAAACUUUGGCUCAAUUUUAACCUCUCCAAAUAUCACACAUGAAGCGUUUUAUCUGUCAAAUGUCCACGCUACAACAGACAUGCAGAGGAAAUGAAACUCCUGAAUCACCUGAUUUUAAAGGAGAAUACUCGGUGUGUCUGACAGUGUCCCUGUGUGUCAAAAGGAGGAGAGGAAAGUAGUCAAGAGGAUUUUGCAUCAGAGGAGAAGAAGAAGAGAGCCUGGUGAGCUGAGGGCUGUUCAGCCGCCGAUCAGAGCGUGAGUGGGAGAGGUGUGACAUGCUUCCGGCCGGUGGCAAUGCAGCCUCCCACACUCCCGGUCGCUGCAACAUCUCUGCUGCCUUAACGUGAUCUUUUCCUCCACCGUGUCCUCUGCACGUCUCCCUGCUCUCAGAUUUUUGCCUGUCUGCGGGGCUGCAGCCUUAUCUCACACUCAGCAUGUUGCUGGCAGAGGUGGCUCAUGGUUGGUUCAGAGCCUGCCUCUGUUGUUUUUUUGCAGUAGAAGUGAGUAAGUGAAAGUAGAAGAUGGCUGUGCAUUUUUUUCUAUAUCUAAUUAUUUCUUUGUUUAGUCAAUAAUAGAUUAAUUUCACUAAGACUCCAAGAUGCAAAAUACAAUCGUGUGAUUUUUCUUUUCUUGCAGUAUCGAUAACUCUGAUUAGGGAGUAAAACCGUCGUCCUGAGCUGCAUCCACAAAUGCAGGUGCAACAUAAACAUGACAGAGAGCUGCAGCAGCUGCAAACUAUUGAAGAUGGAUGAAGAUGGACCAAGCUCCCAGUCCAAAUCAAGUAUCCUAGAUGGUUUGUUGAUUAUCAGAGUCCACAUCUGUGAAGGCUCCAUUAAUGCUGAACAAUAACAGAGUCUACAACAGGACUCUGUAGUUGGAGUCACCCCAUUGGCUUAAUAUCACUUGUUCGUGGUCCAUGAAUCCGCUAGUUCUUGUGAGUUCUUGCAAUUCCAGCUGUCCGAAAUCCACAACGAAAUUCAUCUCACAAACAUAUCUAGUAGGAAUUGGCGGACGGCGAAAACACCCACCGUUCUGUAGCGGAGCCAUUCCGGGUGCGGUGGAAAUUGGGGGUGAUACUCUUUUGGAAAGGACGAGUGGACUUAGGACCUUAGGGCAAAGGACAACUGGACUUACUUGGGACGUUUCCUUUCAACGAAGAACUGGAAAUCAUAGAUGCUGCGUCCUCAGUUUUAAACAUAAUACUGAACAAUAUCUCCAGGUUGAGGAGCAACAUCUGCGGCCAACCAGACAAUGACUUUUUCAGGGAAGACCUUCAUAUGAUCCCAAAGCAUCAUGACGCAUGGAAACAAAGAAAAAUAAAACAACAACGGAAACCCUGAUUGAUUGUAAGAAACCCAAGCUACAUUUAAAUGUGCCCGGCUAUUUCAUCCUCUCUGUUUACAAAAAAACUGCGUGCACACCACUGCAUUUUCAGAAAAGUUUUCAUUUACAUAAACCCGUGUUUAUAUCCCAUCAAGAGCAUGCCAAACCUGUAGGUGGCAGUGUAGUGAGAAGUUCAAGCCCUCGUUAGCCAAUCAGAAUCCCAUCACUUUCUUCGUUUGGAAAAGAUGCAAAUGCAAACAAAUACAAAGGGAUUACACCAGGAUAAAUGCGACUGUUAUUCUGCAUGCAUCCACGAUCACCGUAGAUUGUAAACAUGGACUGUGUUUCCGGCGAACAAUCUGCGGUCAGUUGCCCAAAUCUCUAAAAAGCAUCAUUUUCAGGGGCGAAUUCUCUAUUUGCAUCUAAACAAAGGGUGCAAACGAUGGUUAAUGUCAGUUUUUAAUAAUAACCGGGUACGUUAAACUCCUCUUUAUCAUCUGUCUUCAUAAAACUGUUAUUUUCCAUGAGUUUCCAUUUUAUCUCAGACAGUUUGGCUCUUUUAUUAAAGCAGAUAAUCAACACUCACACUCGCUGUGCCAGUUGCGACUAUAUCCCAGCACCACAGUUAGAAUUUAGACGUGACAUUUGCUCAUAUGUGGCCCCCCCAGUCAGCUUCAUACUAUAUUUACCAUAUGGUGAAAGCGUGGUGCUAUAGUGAAUGCCUUUAAUAUUUCAUGAGUUUAGUUCAGUUCCAACCUGUGAGAGAGACGUAGCCGUCUAUGAGAUCACUGCAACAGAUGGGCGAGUCAUUCGCCGCUCGCUGCAAACGGGGUUAUUUAUAAUGUGUCUGCAAGUGCAAAUUCACACAAAAACACCACCCCUGAGAGAGCGAAGAAAUAUGGUGUGAAGCAGCAAAAAAUCUCACAAAGACGUGUCAUCCUGGAGAUAAGAGAUAUGCUGUCUGCUCAGAGAGACGAGUGAAGUAUUGUCUCCAAAAUAAACCUGGGGAGGAAAAAAAAAGACGCUUUCACAUGACCUCAACCAGAGCCGAGCAGAUUCGCAGCCAUCUGCUUGUAGCUUUGACAAUGAUAGGAGUGGAGUUUUUAAUAUAGAGAAGAAGGCCGGGCAGCGCGGUGACACCCAAAUGAGAAGCAGUGUGAACACGUCUGUUCAUAUUACAGUGAAACCAGAACAGUUUGUGUUUGUGAGAGCAUGUGUGAAGGCCUUUGUAUGUGCGCACAAAGGGGGGAGAGGAUGAGAGAGAGUGUGUGUGUGUGUGUGUGUGUGUGUGUGUGUGUGUGUGUGCAUGUGUGUAUCUGUGUGUGUGAGGAGGGAUUCAUGUUGAUCUGCAGGAGUGUGGGAAGGUGGAAGAUGAAAGUCAGGAGAGAAGAAAAACACCCUUUCACUGAGACGUCUCCAUGUUUUAAACGAACCGAGAUGAUCUAAAACAUUGAGGUCCUCCAUAAUGAUCAGGAUCAGCCUGAUUAAAGCUCCUAUAAGGAACGUUUGGUUUGUAUCUGAUUUGACGCCCCCUGUGGAAAGAGCUGUCUUGUUGCCUAUUUUGUCAUUUUAGGCUUUAAAAACUAAAUUAUUACAAUCUCUCUUUUUUUGUUUUUUUUAUUUAAAUCCAAAGUUUAUAAUUUUUCCUUGUUACAACAGACAAAAUGGAGGUUAAAAAAUAGUCAUAAUAGUAAAAAAUAAAUAAAAAUAAAAUUUAAAAAAUCAAAAACAUAAUUUGGCUUAAAAAAAGACAGGCAGAUAAGUAGGCAAAAAAAAAUAAAUAAUAAAAUAAAAUAAAUACAAUAAUAAGUAAAUAAAUAAAAGGUCCAAUAUAAUUUUUAAAAUUAUUAUUCUGACAUUAAAGUUAGAAUUCUGACUUUUUUUCUCAGAAUAAUAAUUUUAAAAAAAUAUAUUGGACCUUUUAUUUAUUUAUUUACUUAUUUAUUGUGUUUAUUUUAUUUUAUUAUUUACAUUUUUUUUCCAGUGGCCCUGAUGUCAAUUUCAGCUUUAUUUAUAUGCACAUUUAAAACAGCCAGUGGCCUACCAAAGUGCAUUACAGUGAAAUACCCAGAAACAAUAAAAACAAUAAAAGCAUAAAACAUAUAAAAACAUAAAACAACAGUAUAGAUAAACAGCAAAUAAAUAAAAGAUCCAAUAAAAGUUACUAAUCCUCUUCCGUACACUAAAGGCAUUUAUUUUGUAAUUUAAUGUAAUACUCCUCUACAUUUAUAACAUUGAAAACACGUCGAUUUAUGUGUGUGAAGCUGUCAUGUCGGUGUUCGAGCUCGACCUGAGACUCGAAGCUCAUUGGUGUUAACCUGAGAUUGACACAGAACCAGUCGGUCAUCGGUAACGGCAGAACAGACAAGAAAUCAAUCAAGAAAUCGAUCUAUGCACCUUUAGUUUCAGAGCAAGAAAAAACAAUUAUUUUAAAUAACAACAAAGAAAUAAAGACACUGAGCGAUUGAGGCUAAGUUGGUCAUUGCGGGCGGUGAAGUUUGAUCUUAUUUUGUCGUUUCCCUCGCUCCAGUUCUGCUCUGGCCCAUUAUCUGGCUUACUAGCUGCUAAAUGCUUCACCAUGUUCAUCAGCUAACUGGGUCUGCCUGUUAUUGGGAGCUGGGCAGGUAGCCUGGAGUGGGAUAAUCAGAGCGUUUUGUUGAACAGCUGCUGGAAACCGGGCUGAUGAGAGCUGAGGUUUUGGGUCUGGAGACUGAAACAAUAACGGAGCGAACAGCAGCUGAGAGUGCCGGUGAUAACUUUCUGAGGGUUUGUCACACGGAGAGUGACCCUCUUCAUAUUUUAUUAAAUCAUUUUAACGCCAAAAAGAACAACUUCUAUUUCAUGUCAACUGUAUUAAGCUGUUUAAGGCGCACGCUUACAGUGAACAUAUGGUGCAGGAUGUGGUGCUGAAUAAUCUGCAGCAUAAACAGCCGCCUGAUAAGCAUACCAAAGCAUCUUUAUUAUGCCAGGCAGCUGAUGAUUAAUAAGGUGAUGUGUUUCGACUGUAAUUGACCCAGUUAAUGAGACCCCUGUUUUGCGGUUUCCUCCCCCAUAACCAACUGCGAGCGCGCUCAAAACAAGUGCCAAAAUCUCCCAUCUCUGCCAAGUGAAAUUGGCUUAUUAAUUCCAAUUAUACUGAUCAUUGAACACUCAAAUGAAAAAUGAAGACGUUUCAACUUGACUAAUUGGCCCCAGGAGUGAGCGUAUGUUUGUGUGGGUUUGUGUGAAUGAGAGAGAGGCUGUAGGACACAGACAGAACUUCUCACUCGCUGGGUUUUAUUGUCUUCUUCUGAUCGGAGGGAAAAUGGGCGACUCGCAUGAGACCAAAAUUACAAUGGGUGGGAUUUGGGCUGAUUCACACUUUCAUGCAGGAUUUUCAACUGGUUCUCCAAAGCCUUUUCAAACCUUUACCUCUGAGCUGUCACUUUCAGCAGCAUUUCGAACCCUGAUAUUCAAUGUAAGAGUGAAAAUCGUCUUGCAGAUAAAAAGGAUGAGUCAGAAAAAAACUUAGAGUAAAUAUAGAUCACAGUUCGGUGACUACGUGAUGCUCCUCAGCACACACUUAUAGAUCCAGUGCAUGCUUCAUAGCACUCAUUUCUGCUCUGAUUUGAGGUGUAAUGGUUAUAAAUCUCACCUCACCCCUGACCUACGGACUCGAACUCCACAGAGGGACCAUUCACAGAGACAGAGACCGGCGAAGGCCAAGUGUCGGCCUGUUUAUUUGGAUUUUGGGGUCGGGUGUUGAAGAGAGCGGCUCGGAAAUGACACACAUCCACGAGAGCACCAAGGUAAAUAUACACACGCUGCAUACACAAAUAUAAUGCUAUUAAGGCCCAGCUGCACUGAGCAGCAGGAGGAGGUGGGAUAAAAAAGUGUCUGUUCAUUUUUUUUCCUAAAUGCAGAGAGGUGAGAGUCAAUAAACCGUGCAUGACUAGAUGAUGGUGCAGUGGAGAGUCUUGGUGUGCAGUCAUUAGUGUUUUCUAUUUCUCUAAAUAACUCGUGGUUGAGCACACAGGUGGUGUGUUCUUACCGUUCAUGGUGCCAAUUUGGCUUUUACAACUUUUGGUAGUACAACAGCAUUUGGUCGAUAUCUGUGAGCUUGGAGAAGACAUGCAUCAUGAAAAUAAGAGUGAUAUAGUAACUAAAAUGUAGCUCUGCUUGGGUUGUACUCAUUUUUGCAUCGUGAUUUUAAAUUGAAAAAAAUACUUUUUAUAUCCAACUUAAAGGAUCUUGUUUGCAAUCGAGGCCCACACUUGGGGGAGCAUUUUGUUGUAAAGUCUGACAAAGAAAAUGUUGAUUUUGAAAGGAAACUGAAGGUUUUUCUGACAACUCAUUUAUGCUGAGCACUGUACGUCUAAGAAUGUCUUUCUUUCCGCACAGAGAACUUCAUCACUGUCUUUGGAGACUUCUUUAAAAUAAACAGAACAAAAAAUCUGAUCUGUAACGUUCGUGCAGAUUGUGAGUUUAAUCUUAAUGUGUACUCCUGGUGUGCAGGAGUACACCAGUAACUCCUGUGGAUAUAAAAUCUACUUUUUUUUUCUAUUAUAUGUAAGGGCAGAUAAUACUAAUAAAUUGCUAUCAGUGCCAUGAGCUCAGAGGGGAAAUUUUGCCUAGAUAUUUUAUGCAUGGAUAAAUUAUUUUCAGUUAUCCUGAGGUGUUUUUGUCGCCAUGAUCUGUGAAAAGUUUGAGUGAUAUUCCUGUUUAAUAAAAGCUGCAUGAACAACACUCGGUACGUUUCCAUGACACUCUAGAAAACCGAAUUAUCGCCUUAUUCCGAUUAAGACCGGACAACUGAAGGUCAUGUGAACACCUUAGUCCGACUCCAAUCGGAGUUUGAGAACUCUGAUCAAGACACCCAGAUAAAGCGAUUGGAAUUCCAUUUUCUCUACCAUGUAACCAGCGUAGUCGGAGUAAGAUGGACAAUGCAUGUACGCGUGAUCCACACCCCGAUAACCCCAGAACAAAAACACCAGAGAGGAGGAGUAGCGUUCGUCUCAUCUUUAGAAAAAGUAGCGCGUCCAUCAUGUAGGACAAAAACAACGCUGUACGAUGCUCCAUCUUCUUGUUUCUCCAAAAGUUCCAGCAGCAGUUGUAGACACUUCUGACGUCUGACACCGACCUGUUGUUGUCGUUGACGGUUGUAUGGGGUCGGAAACAGCACCGCUGUAAAGACUGGUAUCGCCCCCUAGUUUUGCGGAGGAGGACACGUUCAUGUCAAUAACUCAAUUUUCUCAGCUGCAUGUAUACAAGGACAAGGAGAGAAGUAAAACGAUUCGGCAAAAAAUACCUAACUAUGAGCUCAGUCCGAUUGAGUUGUGCAUGUCAACGGACUGAGUGAUGAUUGAGAACUGAAGUUCAUUUGAAUAGAAGUCGUGAAAUUCCUGCAGAGAGGUUUAUUUAAAUCAUGCGAACAGCAAAGUCGUACCAGCAUGUUGUUGUUGUUGUUUCUGUUUCUGAUGGUUUUUUUUCUUUCGCUCCUUUUUUAUUAAAAACUGCAGGAUUUCUCUGAGUUCAGUCCACACUGAUGAAAUUCUUUGGUUUCUCUCUCGAAGCCCGGCCUCCUUUAUAUGCACCUGUAAUUUCACUUCAGCGUACACCCUAUUUACUGCCCCUCCACACUCGGGCAUCUGUUGCUCCUCAUUUAUUCCACUCCCACAACAGUCAAUCUCGGAAAUAAUUGGCAAGUUUGAUAGACAGAGUGGAUUAUAAGCAUUACUGCAACAAUGAUGAGGAUCUUCCACCACCACCAUUAAUAUGAUGAUUCUGUUGUUCUUUCUCCCUGAGACAUAUAAUCUUAAAGCCUCAGACAGCAUGUGGGUGUGUAGAAUAUGAUUAUAGGCUUUCAUUAGACACAUAAAUAAAAGAGAAAGAGCCAGGAGGAGGAGGGCUGCUGCCUCUGAAAAUGCUCAAUAACAGAGGAAGCACCAAACAGCUUUUUUGCAUACAAUGAAGAAAAGGGAAAAAAAGAAAUGGAAAAUAAACAUAAAUAGUGCUAUAGAUUAAAAAAGAUGUAUGCAACUGGGAAAUGAGAGAGGAACAAAGGAAAACAGAUGAUGGGAGCGAAGGAGAAAAAGAUAAAUCCACUUGUUACAUGCAGAGAUGUCAACUAAAGUGAGUUCUCCACACAGCUAGAUAUAAAUCCAUUUAUUCUGGAAAUAGCUGCUCUUAUCGUCCACUGACUCACUGUAAAAGCACAAAGUAAUUUUCUUGCUUAUGCACUCGGGAACAGCAGUGAACCUGGUCACCUCCAGUCUGCACAGUUUGCGUCUGUAUCAAACUGGGCUGGGAGCGAGUGUACUCUUCCUGAGGAAGUGCUUAAAGGUUUUUGUGGUAAACAUCUUUACUUUUUUCUUUAGACGGUGACUAAAACGGAAGACGUGAAGAAGAUGGGAAAAGAACAAAAUCUGGACAUACACCUAAGGGAAAGUGUGAAUCAUGUGAAAGUGUCACUGUCCUGCACCUACGGACCCAUGAUAACACCCAGGAGUGUGUUGGUUGAAGAUGAGGGGAGGUCAGCUGCAAAGGUGGAGUAGGAGCCGAAAUAUAUUUGUUAAAAGUUUUAUUUCUACUCAGUACAUCACUUCCUGGGAUCGUCACUGAGCGGUGUGGUUUUGGGAUGUUUGGCGGGUUAUUUAAAUCUCACCGGUGUAGUCAGACAGUUGGGUUUGGUAAGCUCUGAUAAUUUUCUGUUGACCAUUUUUCACCGUUUCAUUCAUCCUGUUUUAACCUCAUUUCAUCUUAUCACUUUUUCAUUCGAAGGCAAAAAGUUUUUGGACCUAGAUCAGCGUUUUUGAACGAUAAACCUCUUUUUAACACUCAAACUGGACUGAUAACUGAACGAGUCACAGACGCAAGCGAACCUAAACCCCAGCGACCUUUUUGUUGAAGGACAGCAGUCACUACAGGUGGCGUGUUAGGAUCUUAAAGCGGAAAGUAUUUGUGCCUUACCAACGACCAAAAAGCAUCUGGGCCGUGCAAUGGCUCACGUUGCGCCGUUCACUUUAGAUCAUUGAAAUAGGACCCCUGGGAUCUUGAUAGACACUGACACACUAAGACAAGAUCCUGGUUCAGAACCACUGUCCUAACGUUAAGGGUGGGAAUUACUAGUUGCCCUACAAUAUGAUAUUAUCAUGAUACUUGGGCCACGAUAUGAUAUCAUUGCGAUUUUCAACAUUUUGCAAUACAGUGAGUAUUGCAAUACAAUAUAAGUUGCGAUUUAUACAAUUUCUUUCAACUGUGUACUAAUUUAGCAUUUAUCUUUCCUUUAUCUUUGUCUUAUUUAUGUGUAUUUUAUUUUCAUGUAGCACACCUUGCGAACCUUAUAUAUUUACAUUUGUUGUACUAAGUUUCUCCUGCUCUAUGAUGUCACCUCUGCCAAACCUCACUGGAAAAACAGCUGAUUUUAUUUUUCUAUUAUCAUAGAUUUGACUUCAUAUUAGCAAUUGAUUUGUAAAAUUAAUACUUGGUAAAUGAGACGAUACGAUAUAUCACCAGACAAAAUAUCGCAAUAGUAUGCUGUAUCGUGAUAUUUUCUCCCACCCCUACUAAAUGUGGACUGCAUAAACCAAGACUCAAGACUUUGGAGGAUUCAUAAUUAGCAUAAUUGCUAAAUUCUGGAUUCAUUUGAAAGGACUUACGGACACAUCUGAGCUCGGUUUUAGAUCUGGGCGUUGGUUUGCUUGGUGACUCCUCCCACUAUGAUUCUCUUAUUUGUUAUUGUUGGUAUUUUGUUGGACCUGGAAUCAAAUACCAAACAGGUCUGAUGUUUAUGAUUCCAUCAGGAGCAGAAAAAUAAUCGUAUUGAUGCUAGAACUUGACAAGAAUCUGAAUCAGGCCACGCCCUGCAUCCUCAGCAUAAAACCAGUCAUAAAUCCUCCGUGAGUGUCUGGCUUUAGUAAGAGUUCAUUCACAUACAGAUUAUUGUUUCCAUCAUGAAUUAUCUCUGCAGAUUAAUUCCCAUCGUGUACCGUCUGUGUUUUAAAUUCAAAGAGGAUUUGUUUAGUUAAAGCUCCUUUCCAUAAAGCAAACUCCAGUCCUGAAGUACUGCAGUAAUACACCCAACGUGAAGACUCAGGGUCUGGGUUUCGGGGCUUGUAAGAGGCUGUGUGGGAUUGUUUACCAAAUAUUGACACUUGGAGGAUAAAUUAUUCAAUCCUAUUUGACUUCUGCCUGAAUAAUUGAUGCUGAGAGGGAGCGGAGAGUUUUUGUUCUGGAGGAGGGGGUGAAGAGUUUUCACAGCUUGACCAUGUGAACCAGACUCUGCAGACUGAACUCACAGACUGCACGACUUAAUGUGAACAGACAGGUGAGUGUAGAUGGAAGAGACCCCCCGCCGCUCAGCCGUCUGCUCGUCUGUCUUCACGGCAAGAAACACGGGUCAGAUUAUCAGUGAUCUAAAAUAUCAGACGUCUUUUUUUGUUUUUGAGUUCAGCUGCUGCAAAAAAAGCUUCGACACAGAGUCAAUAAUAAGACGGAGAAGAGUCUGAGUUUGUUGUUUUCUAAAGGGUCGGUGUCUCUGUUCUUGGAGAAAUAAAGAGAUCUGACAUAUCACACUCUGAUGCUGUAACUCACAGACUAAGAACCUUAAACAGCAGAGUAUACUCAUCAGCUGGCAGAUAGUCGUAUUAGUACUGGAGAUUUUAGUCUCUCUUGUUGUAAAGUAUAUGGAGUAUAUGGAGCGGCUAAAAUUGAGUUUUCUUCUUCCUGCUGCUUUCGAAAGAUGAACCGUAUUGAACCACUAAAAGGUUGUCUUUAAUUUCCUAGAAAACUUUCUACUUUUCCUCAAAUGGAACAAAUGAAAAUGAAAUGAAAUUGUACUCCAAAAUCAUGAUGUUAUACUUGUCGUCAUCUUUAAUAGUUUUAUUUGUAACGGCUUGGUUUUAGUUGAAUAUUCUCUAUUUGCUUCUGUAUCAUCGUACAAGUUUUUCAAGGACUUAGAUCAAUGAAUACAUACUCGAUAUUGUUAUAUUUACAUUUGUUAACACAUUUACAUUACAGAUACAGUUACGUUUUAAUCCUACAGUAUGCUUCCCCCUACUUUACUCCUUUUAAUCUCAUGUUUGCCGCGAUCAAAGCUCUCAUUGAUACUUGUCUUACUUUGUUAAAGCGGUUUACCUGUCCAGCAGAAAGGUUACAGGGUCACCAAGAUCCCCAAGCGUCCCCCAUCGUUUAUGAUGACCCGGCUUUUUAGCUCUUGUCCGGUCUACCUCCGUUUUAAGCGCCCGUUAUUCCUCCAGAGUCUCCGGUAUUUACUUUGUUUUCUUGCUUGUGUCGGCAGUCGUGGCCAAAGGAGGAUUCAGACAAUUUUCCGAACUUUCUGGUUGGUUUCUACUGUCCGAUAUUGUAGCACGCUAACUUUGUUUGGGCUCCUGAACGACACGGGGGAGCAGCGUCUGCCUCACAACCAAUCAGGUUAGAGGAGGUGGAUAACGGCUUUGUUUACAGUCAGAAAGAGCGAGCCGUUGACUACACAGACAAAACAAAACACAGUG